AGCGAUGGCCAGUUGGAAACCUCUUUCUCUCUCUCUCUCUCUCUCUCGAAACGCUGUUAUAAUGACAAGUAUCGAACCAAUUGCUUCAGCCAACCAAAUGUGUUGGUGUAGAAACCAAAGCUACUUCUAGUCUCUAUCUCUCCCUCCCUCUCUCUCUCUCUCUCUCUCUCUCUUCCUCUUCCUCUUUGUCUCGGUUGCUUCUCCGGCGAGAAUGUCGUCGGGGUUUUCCGGCGGAGCUCCCAACUUCUACAACGCCGGGAAGUCAGUGGCCAUGAACAAUCCGCAAUUUCUAGGAGACCCGGCUUCUCAGAUCGCCCAUCGCCGGCUCGAUUUGAUUGGAAAACGAUCGCUCGCAGAAUUUCAAAACCAGCAGCAACAAGAACUCUCGCUUCACCAGCAGCAACAAGCCUUGGAGCUUUACCUUCGGAACGUGAAGGCUCGAACUUUCCAACAGGCUUCGCCGAUUUCUCCGCUUUCGCCUGUGGAUUUCUCCGCCUCCAUUUCGCCGGACGCGCCGUCAAUUUCCUCCGCAUCCUCCGUCUCUUCCGCCCGGUACAGCGUCCCAAUUCUGCAGCAACGGCGGCAGCAGCCAAUCUUCGGAGUUUCGUAUCAGAACCGGGCUGUGAAGCAAGAACAAGGGCAGGAAUCGGACAAGAAGAUGAUGAAUCGACUUCAGGAGCUCGAGAAACAGCUCCUCGACGACAACGAUGAAGAAGAAACCGACGCUGUGUCCGCGGUUACCCACAGUGAGUGGUCCGAGACGAUUCAGAGCCUCAUCAGUCCCUCCCAGAAGCCCAUUUCCCCUUCUCCGACGUCGUCUUCGUCGUCUUGCUCGUCAUCGGCUUCUCCGCCGACUCUCUGUCCGAAGCAAUCGAUAUCCGAGGCGGCGGCCGCUAUAUCCGACCGAAAGACGGAGGUUGCGGCGGAGAUCCUCACGCGCCUGAGCCAGGCCGGCAACGUGAGAGGGACGUCUGAGCAGAGGUUGACGGCGUACAUGGCAGGGGCGCUCCAGUCGCGCCUGAACCCCACAAGAUACCCGCCGCCAUUCGCGGAGCUUUACGGGGAAGAGCACACGGCUUCGACUCAGAAGCUGUACGAAGCGUCACCGUGCUUCAAGCUCGGAUUGAUGGCGGCUAACCUCGCAAUCGUCGAAGCGACGUCUGAGGAGAAGCAGAGGCUCAACAAGCUUCACGUCGUGGACUUUGACAUCGGCCACGGCAGCCAUUACGUGCAUUUGAUCCGCCUUCUGUCGUCCAGGAAGGGCGAAGGCUCCCCCGCCUCCUUAAAGAUCACGACUUUCGCCGAGUACGGUAGCGAGGAGAGGUUGAAGACGGUCGGAGACUGGCUCAAGGCGCUGGCGAACAAGGCCGGGGUUUCGUUGAAUUUCAACGUGUUGUCGAUGAAAAUGACUGAUCUGGGGCCGGACACAUUGGGCGUGGAGCCGGAGGAAUCUUUGGCCGUGAAUUUCUCUUUCCGGCUGUUCAGGCUGCCGGACGAGAGCGUGACGACGGAGAAUUUGCGGGACGAACUGCUCCGCCGCGUGAAGGGGCUGUCGCCGAGGGUGGUGACAGUGGUGGAGCAGGACCUGAACGUCAACACGGCGCCGUUCGGGGCGCGCGUGACGGAGGCGCGUGAGUAUUUCGGCGCGCUGUUCGACUCGCUGGAGGCGACGAUGCGGGACAACCCGGACCGGGUCCGGAUCGAGGAGGGGCUGGGUCGGAAAGCGAGCAACAUCGUUGCUUGUGAAGGGAGGGACCGCGUUGAAAGAUGCGAAGUGUUCGGUAAGUGGCGGGCCCGGAUGGGGAUGGCCGGGUUCAACCCGAAUCCGCUGAGCACCCAACUCGCUGACUCGGUCCGGACCGGCCUCAACUCGUUGACACGUGGCCACCCGGGAUUCACCGUACGGGAAGAAACCGGAGGCAUCUGCCUUGGCUGGAUGGGACGAACGCUCACCGUCGUAUCGGCUUGGCGUUAACUUGGAAAACCUGUAAUUCUGAAACUGUUGACGCUUCCAUUAUUCUCCUCAAAAAAAAAGAAAAAAGAAAAAAAAAGAGCGGAGAGAGAGAGACGGGGGCCCACCGGACAAAACAAAUAGACGGCGCGUUUGGACGAGAGACAGAAAGGCAGGGGGUAAUUAUGUAAUUUGGGGAAGCGGGGUGGGAUACCAAUUUACUGUUGUAUGAAGGGUGUGGAAGUAGGGUUUCUUGGCAUAUAUUUGUCUGCUGACUUGUAUGGAUUGGGGUUCCAGUUCAAUGGAAUUGGAGGGCUCCACUCUUCUCAAUAGAUUAUAAUUUCCCGGUUUA